AGGGUAUGAUCUACUGUUCUUCCAGAAGUAAGCUGCUGAGCUCUUUGGACAGCUGUGGAAAUGGGUCUGAACUCAUGUGCUGCCUAUCUCUUUGCCCUGUGGACCAGCCACCUGUUUCUCGUGGCAGCCGGGGACUCAAGGGUGAAUCCUAGAAUUAUUACAGCUCCAAAAGGGGAGAGCCGCUUUCUGCUGGAGAAGCACGAGAAUCUCAUAACUCUCUACCAUGAAGAGGGGAAUUCUUCUCUCUUGGUGGGAGCGGAGGGAAAGCUCUAUUACUUCAACUUUGAAAGCUCCAGUAGCCACGUGGAGGACUUCCCAGAACAGGAUUCAGGAGCCUGCCAAAAACCAGAGGAGGAGAAGAACUACCUGACUUUCAUUGGCAAGUACCACGACGCGCUGUUGAUCUGUGGGACAAAUGCCUGCAAGCCGACCUGCUGGAACUUGGCCGAUCGGAAUAAAUCUGAAGUGGCUGCACAGGGCUUGGCCCCUUUUGUGCGUAACCAGAACUCCCUAGUCCUUGUUGAUGGCGAAGCCAUCUAUUCUACCAUCAGCUUGCACCAGCACAAUGGGAAGAUACCCCGCUUUCGCCAGGUCCGAGGGACUGGGGAGCUCUACACCAGUGACACAGUGAUGCAGAACCCAGAGUUUGUGAAAGCCACUGUCAUCAAGCAAGAUGAGCGCCAUGAUGACAAGAUCUACUAUUUCUUUCGAGAAGACAAUCCGGACAGAAGUCCUGAGGCCCCGUUAAAAGUCUCCAGAGUGGCACAGCUGUGCAAGGGAGACAAAGGGGGCACCAGCUCCCUCUCUGCUUCCAAGUGGACCACCUUCCUGAAGGCCACACUGGUCUGCGUCGACCCAGCCACCAAGAGCAACUUCAACUUGCUGCAAGAUGUCUUCUUUGUCUCGUCAGACAAGAACUGGAGGGAAACCAGAGUGUAUGGACUAUUCUCCAACAUCUGGGGGUACUCUGCCGUUUGCGUCUACACCAUCGGUGACAUUGACACUGUGUUCCGGACAUCGAAACUCAAAGGCUACACUAAGGACAUGCCCCACAUCCGUCCUGGACAGUGCCCUUGGGACGGAAAUCAUACCCCUCCUGAGACUUUCAAAAUAGCUGACCUCCACCCGGAGGUGGAGGAAAGAGUGCAGCCCGCUGCCCCAAGGAAUAGCCCCCUAUUCCACAACAAGAAUCGCUACCAGGAAAUCGGGGUGCACCGCAUCCAGGCGAGAGAUGGACACACCUACAACGUCCUCUAUUUGGUGACAGACAAAGGGUAUAUCCACAAAAUGGUGGAGAUGCCACACGGCGUCCUGAACGUCCUAGAGAUCCAGCCCUUCCAACAGCCAGCUCCCAUCCUGGCCAUGACGCUGGAUCAUAGAAGGGCAAAGCUCUAUGUGAGCUCGCCGACCGAGGUGGUCCAGGUGCCCAUGGACAUGUGCGAAGUGUAUCACGGGAGCUGCGAGAGCUGCGUCAUGGCAAAGGAUCCUUAUUGCGGAUGGGCAGAUGGGAAAUGUGUCUCCGUUAAAACUAACCUGACAAUGCUACAGAAUGUGACCCUGGAGUCCUCACCGGAAAUAUGUCCCCGUUCGGUCUUCAAACAGCAGGAAGUGGACAGCCCGGAGAGCUACCGGAACGUCACUGUGGCGCUCUUCUCCCGCUACUUCCUGCACUGCCCCACCAAAUCCCACGCCGCCACCUACAUGUGGCACCACAAUGGCAGCGGCAUCCAGAACUGCAGCUCCACCCACAGGCCCUGCAUCCACUUCAUCAAGAACAUGACCUACGACCACUACGGGCGCUACACCUGCAUCUCAGAGGAGAACGGCUUCUCCCAAACCCUCGUGAAGGAAUGGCUGCUGAAGCAGCCUGCGCCCUCCCAGACUUUGAUGCAGAGGAGCCAGGCUGUGGCCACCUCCCCCUCCUUCUGGUUGGGCUUCCUGCAGAUGAUGGCUCUUGCCCGGCUGUUCCAGUGAAAGGAGUGGGCCAUGACUCACCAUUCGGACUGCUGUUGAUCUUCUUCAGCUUCUUACCAGCACUUGAGCAAGGAAGGGAUCGCCCAUCCCAGUGGCUGCUCUCUGGACAUUCAUCUCUGUGCACCUUGGCCCCCUCUCAGCUUCGUAAGUGGCAUCCCUUCCACUUGAAGCAGACGGAUUCCAUCCCUCACAUGUCCGUGCCCAUCGAUUCCAUCAUGGCAGCUUCAUGCCAGAUGGUGUUUUAGGGACACUGAAUGGAGGGGAUGAAACCAGCCCAGAUCUCUCUCCUGAUUCCAUGCAGCACAGGAGCUGAGGCCACCAAAGAGAUGGGGCAGGAUGAGACUGAAGCUAAUGCCACCAAAGAGUAACAUGGGACUGAUUUGGAAUGGGGGUGGGAUAGGGGUGGAGUUGGGGCAGGGCUGGGAGCAGAGCGGGGUUGAGCACCCACCAGCGCCAGAAGGCAUCAGCGCCUAUGGACAGCAGCGGCCUGUGAGGCAGGGAGAGUGCAGCUAAGCAGGGACAAGAUUCAGUCGGGCUGCACCCGAGGGGAUGAGUCAGGAGAGGCACACACAUACAGAGGAUGAGCUGUGUUUAUUCAUGCAGUUGUCCUGGGUGCCCGUAGACUCUGGGCAUGUGGUGAGGAUCAAGGCUGGGGGGAUCCCGGAACCGCACAUCUUGAUGGCUUGUUGGUUUUGUCUAAUAUUCUUGUUGUUCCAUUUUUGGAAACUUAUCUAGUCCACUCCCAACCUGCCCAGGCAAGUCUCCUGGCUUGUCUCCAGCAGAUUCCUCUCCUCUUAAGGGUAUAAGACACCGGCCGCUGGCUGUUGCCAGCUGACUACCGCUUGCGGGGCUUGGGAGCCCAAAUAUCUACACCACAGUUACUCUAAAGCACUGUGGAACUCCAGGGUGCCGGAGUAUUGCUCACCAAAAAAGGAGAUGUUUCUCUGACCCCUCCCAGGAGUGUGGGAGAAAUGCAUUUCCAUCAAGUACGUGUGUGUGCAUGUAAAUAUCUCUGAGUGUGAAAGCAGAUCACUUGUGUGUGUAAAAUCCAGUAGCUGAGCACCUCUAUGUGAGCGUGUUUGUUGAUCAUCUGGGUAUAUAAGUGGCUGGUCACCUGGAUGUUACAAUCAUUUGUGAUUGUUCUUAGUGUGAGCAGGUACGCUAGUGCUAGACCUGAGUCCUAUUAAGUUCUGGAUCUGCACUUCUCUCGAGGGCAGGGGGCAAAUUGCUCUGGCAUCUUGUUGUUGAGCCCUGCACGUGAGAGGAUCUAGCCACAAAGCUGAAAGCUGUGUCUGAACAGUCCCAGCGUAGAAAAUAGCCUCCAAACUGGGGGUGGUUUUGCAUCUAUCUCUAUUCAGAGGUUUGGUUACAAAAAUUUUUUUAUACCUUAUAUUGACUUCUGCAUGCUUAACCUUUUUGUAUGGAGUUGAUACACUAGAAAAAAGGAUCAGGAACCAGCACUAGUGACCCUGCCUGUGGACAGAUUAGACAGCAAUACCCACACGUAGCUCUCGAGCGUGAGCUGGCUUUAAGCAGGGCUGUGUGCAAAGGAGAAAGAUGUGCAAGAGGUACUUGGAUACCAUGGGGAUGAGUGUGGUGAUGGAUGGAUGAGGAGACUUUCCUGGAAAUAAUCCAGUUCUGGUGUCAAAUUCUGGCCUUGUUGACAUGCACACAUGUCCCUCUAAAGUUGCUGGGAGCUGCUGUGGUGAGGACAAAAUGUAGACCUUGAUACCCAAGUCUGUCUCAUCAAAAUUAUUCAAAAGUGUCUUGCCUUCUCAGUGAUGCUAGAAGGAAAACAAGGGCUGGGUCCUCAGCUGGUGUAACUCCACUGACUUGUGAUUUACCCCAGCAGAGAAUCUGCUCUGUGGCUUCCUCUCUCCAUGAUGUGUGCAUGAUGGAUGGGCGGAGACCAGUCUCCUAAUGAAGGGAGAAGACUGGAGGUCCCCCUCUCCCCCCACAGUUGAUUGUGUCUGAUCAUUUCAGCUCAACUAGUGAGAUAAGGAUAAACUGUGAAAUAAGGAGAAUUCUCCUUAGGUUGUGGGUGUCACAUGCUUGGUCAUUUUGCUGGGUGUUGGCCACUCAGCCAUGGAGCAUAUUUUGCUGCACUACAUUUUCUGAUAUUCGUAAACCCUUUCUUGCGUCGUAUACACUGGUUCUGUUACAUCCUUUCUCAAAGCACUUUAGUAUCAUAAUAAUGUGACUAUUAAAAGGCCUAUUUAUUAUGUUUCUAAGUUAAUUUUGCAUCAUGUUGUAGAGGGUGAUUUUUUUUAACCUCCCUUCCCCCCCAAAAAAAGCAUCUCAAUAAAACUGUGACUUUUCAUUAACCAAA